AUGUCAUUCUUUGCAAAAGCCGYCGUGGCUGCUCUCGCAAUCCGCGAUGGUCCAUCCGAUGGUUUCACUUCAGGAAUUCCAGCCGCUGUUGCUCCGAUGGGCGCUGCACCUAUUGUUCCGUCAGCUGCAUAUGCUGGUACAGUUCCACCUGCUUCAAGCCCAGCUCUUACCGCUUUCGCAACACCCAUGGCUGGCAGCGCUGUCAACAUUUCACAGGGCUGGAAUACAAGGAGCCUACCGCCGUUCCUGACUGACAACCCGACACCUCACGGCUACCCGUGGGGGACUAUGACAGCAAACAAUACUAAUUAUUACGACGCGUGGCCUGAAACAGGGGUGACACGAUACUAUGAAUUUUCAGUCGCGAGAGGGGCAUGCAGUCCAGACGGCGUUGAGGUUGAGUGCAUUCUUGUUAACAACGAGUUUCCAGGUCCGAUCAUUGAAGCGAAUUGGGGAGACAUGAUUGAAGUGACAGUCACAAACAACCUCGACGAARGCACAUCCAUACACUUCCAUGGAUUUCUUCAGAAAGAUACGCAGUUCAUGGAUGGUGUACCUGGAGUGAGCCAGUGCCCCAUUGCUCCCCAAAAGACCUUCACGUACCGUACACGAGCGCAGUUGUACGGCAGUGCAUGGUACCACAGUCAUUUCGAAGAACAGUCUGCCAAUGGAUUCUACGGCCCGAUUGUAGUCUAUGGGCCAAAGAACGCAGAGUACGACGAGGAUCUUGGCCCGAUCCUUCUCGGAGACUGGGUGCACGCAUAUUACAAGGACCUCCUCGAUGAGCUCAUGGCUCCAUUCCCGAACGCGAAGAUUCCACCAAGCGACAAUGUGCUCAUCAACGGGCUGAAUCCUUACUACGGAGCAGCAGGCGCUGCAACUGCCAAGUUCAAUGUCCAGAGUGGAAAAAAAUACCGUCUGCGUCUGAUCAGUUCGGCAUGCUCCUCGACGCAGAAGUUUACUAUCGAUGGUCACAAUAUGACGAUCAUCGCCAAUGAUUUCGUCCCAGUCAAUCCCUAUAUAUCAGAUCACGUCACGCUGUCGGUUGGCCAGCGGACCGAUGUUGUCGUCGAGUUCAACGCUGACCCGACCACGUCGAUCUGGAUGCGGACUUUCAUUGCACCCUGCUCCGAGGCACAAGGACAGACUGAAGCCAAAGCAGCCAUAUUUUACGAGAAUGCAGACAUGGACGCCCUGCCUACGUCUUCUCCAGGACCCAGCGCCUACGACACAUUCUGUGGCAACGAUGAUCUGGCGCUGGCGACUCCAUUCUUCCCCAUCACUCCGCCAAUGCCUUCCCACGAAGAUGUCAUACCGAUCUCUGCUCAGUCCAACGGCACUCAUCUGCUGUGGUAUAUGCAGGGUCGGACCUUCCGCACCAACUACAACGAUCCCAUGCUGCUUGAAGCCAAACUGGGAAACACGGAUUUUCCUUUUAUCGCAAAUGUGCRCAAUUAUGGCAGGAACUCAUCGGUCCUUUUCGUUGUUGAGAACACAGGUUCCAUGCCUCAUCCGAUGCAUCUUCACGGCCACAAUAUGUUCAUCCUCGCCGAAGGACCCUGCACCGACAACAACUUCGUCUUCGGCCGAAGCGAUGGUCACGCAGAAGCGAGAAUCGAUGGUGGAGACCAGACGUACGGUAACUGCUGGGACGGCCAUAUCACCAACCCGGAGAACCCGCAGCGGAGAGACGUGCAAACAGUGAUGCCAGGGCAGUACAUUGUGGUCCAGUGGAUCCAGGACAAUCCGGGAGUCUGGCCAUUCCACUGUCACUUGACCUGGCACUCGGCCACUGGCUUUGUUUGGACCGUGCUGGAGCGGCCGGACGAUAUCAUGAACAUGCCAAUUCCCAGCACAGUGGCGCAGACAUGCCGUGACUGGUCCGAUUGGAGCGGAACCCACGUGGUCGACCAGAUUGACGAUGGCUUGUAG